AAAGUGCUUAUCCUAAUGUGUAUAAUAUUUCUCUCCUUUAGUGGUUAUAUUUUGGACAAAAAUGUUAUUAGAGUUAGGUGUAAAUGUGCCACAUUGCUCUUUCUUAAGAGCCCCUUUAAAGGGGAUGUUCAUUCUUUGCAGGUGUCCAGCUUUGGAAGUGAUUUUGGGUAAGGGGGACAAUGUGGGAUUACUUACUGUUCCAGGGGUUGAUGAAAGUGGAAGAUGUGGCCCUGGCCCUCGCUUCUGGAUGGACACAGCUGGAUUCAUCUCGGGUGAACUUCUGCAGAGAUGAAAGGCAGGACCUCCAUGGCAGCCUGAUCUCCCUGGGUGGUGAAAUACAGACCGAGAUCAGGGAGUUACAUCCAGGUGAGGAACACCCAGUAUGAGAGUCUGGGGAAAUACCAUGCCACUUGGGUGAAGACAUUGCCCAGAUUCCUACACGUGCAGAAGCUGGUGAACAGGAGGGUGGAUUACAAAGAAAGCAGAAAAAUGAAACUGGGAGGAGACGGCACAUUUGCCAUGAAUGUGGAAAGAGUUUUGCUCAGAGUUCAGGCCUGAGUAAGCACCAGAGAAUCCACACGGGGGAGAAACCCUGUGAAUGUGGGGAAUGUGGCAAAGCCUUCAUUGGGAGCUCUGCCCUCGUCAUUCAUCAGAGAGUCCACACUGGUGAGAAACCAUAUGAGUGUGAAGAAUGUGGGAAGGCCUUCAUUUACAGUUCAGACCUGAUCAAACACCAGAGGACUCACACUGGGGAGAAGCCCUAUGAGUGUGAUGACUGUGGGAAGACCUUUAGCCAGAGCUGCAGCUUCCUUGAACAUCACAAAAUCCACACUGGGGAGAAGCCAUACCACUGCAACAUGUGUGGGAAAGCUUUUAGGCGGAGUUCACACCUCCUGAGACAUCAGAGGAUCCAUGGUGAUAAAAAUGUUCAGAAUCCUGAACCUGGAGAGACCUGGGAGAGUCAGGGUAGGAUGGAAGGCCAGUGGGAAAAUGUUGAGGCUCCUUAUAAAUGCAAUGAGUGUGAGAGAAGUUUCACUCAGAAUACAGGCCUUAUAGAACAUCAAAAAAUCCACACUGGUGAGAAACCCUUCCAAUGUGAAGCAUGUGGAAAAGGCUUCACCCGAACUUCAUACCUUGUUCAACAUCAGAUAAACCAUGUUGGGGAAAAAAUUCUGUCACAGUGACCCAAGUUGGACAUGCCAGAGUUGCUGCUGAUUCUUCAUUGAACUGAAGCCACCCUGGAGCCCG